UCAGGCGGAACGGCGAUGCACUGGGCAGCCAGGCGGGGGCAGUGGGGGGCGCUGGAGGCUCUUUUGGCGGGCGGGGCCGACGUGGACCCCGUCGAUGAUGAGGGCAACACGCCUCUCCACGACGCAGCUUCAAACGGGGAGCUUCUCGCGGCGGGCGUCCUGACUGGCUUCGGGGCGUCCACCAGCAAGAAGAAUAAGGGCGGGAAGACUCCGCAGGACCUGUUGGGAAAACCUUCCGCUGAUAGACUCUUCUCCAUGGCGAAGAAAUGUGCUGAGGCCGAGAAGGAAAGGAUGAGGGAGAUGCAGGACAAACUCGAGGAGCAGCAGGAGAUGAAGAAGAGGUACGACUCGAAGGAGGCGGAGGCAGACACUCUGCAGAAGGAAAAUGGAGAGUUGAAGAAGGUGCUUCAGGAGAAGGAAAAGGAAAACAAGGACAAACUCGAGGAGCAGGCGAGGAAGAUGAAGAAGAGGUACGACUCGAAGGAGGCGGAGGCAGCCGCCCUGCAGAAGGAAAACGAAAAGAUUAAGAAAGACCUUCAGGAAAAUGAGAGAGAAAAGAAAUUUCUGAAGGAGAAACUCGAGGAGCAGGGGAAGGAGAUGAGCAAGAGGUACGACUUGAAGGUGGCGGAGGCAGCCAUCCUGCAGAAGGAAAAUGGAGAGUUGAAGAAGGAGCUUCAGGAGAAGGAAAAGGAAAACAAGGAUAAACUCGAGGAGCAGGAGAAGGAGAUGAAGAAGGAAAUCGAAAAGUUGAAGAAAGACCUUCAGGAAAAGGAAAAGGAAAGCAAGGACAAACUCGAGGAGCAGGCGAGGAAGAUGAAGGCAGAAACCAAACAGGUAGAGACCGAGUACGAGGCCCGACUGCGAGACUCGAACAUAGCCUACAACACCAAAGAGGACGAGGCAGCCGACCUGAAGAGGGAGAACAGAGACCUGAUGAUGGAGAUGGGAAGAAAGGAAGAGGAAAUAGCAUCUCUAAAGGAGACGGUGAAGCAAGCGCAAUUGCAUCAGCGAAGGUGUGAGAGUAAGGCGAGGAAGCAUGAGGCCGAGAAGGAAGGUCUCAACGAGCAAAUCGCAGAUCUUCAGGAAUACAUUGCAACUUUACAGGCGGAGAACAAUGAAAGGCUAAAAAGUCUCAAAGCAAAGGAGAAGACGAAGGAGAAAGAGGCAGCCAACGCGAGAGGCGAGCUUGAGAAGAAGCUCAGUAGACGAGACAAGACGAUCGAGGCCCUCAAGAAAAAGCUCAGUGAACAAGAAGAGGCAAGAGAAAUGGACUCGCAACCCGAAGAGGAAGAGAGCGAGUUAAAGCGAAUGAAGAGGCAGUUAGAAAUACAAGAGGAAAAGAUGAAGGGCCUUCUUUCUGCGGUAGAAGAUCUUCGUCUGAGAGAAAUGGAGACCGAGUACGAGGCCCGACUACGGGACACGAACAUAGCCUACAACACCAAAGAGGACGAGGCAGCCGACCUGAAGAGGGAGAACAGAGACCUGAUGAUGAAGAUGGAAAGAAAGGAAGAAGAGAUCGCAUCUCUAAAGGAGACGGUGAAGCAAGCGCAAUUGCAUCAGCAAAGGUGUGAGAGUAAGGCGAGGGAGCAUGAAGCAGAGAAGGAAGGUCUCAACGAGCAGAUCGCAGAUCUUCAGGAAUACAUUGCAACUUUACAGGCGGAGAACAAUGAAAGGCUAAAAAGUCUCAAAGCAAAGGAGAAGACGAAGGAGAAAGAGGCAGCCAAUGCGAGAGGCGAGCUUGAGAAGAAGCUCAGUAGACGAGACAAGACGAUCGAGGUCCUCAAGAAAAAGCUCAGUGAACAAGAAGAGGCAAGAGAAAUGGACUCGCAACCCGAAGAGGAAGAGAGCGAGUUAAAGCGAAUGAAGAGGCAGUUAGAAAUACAAGAGGAAAAGAUGAAGGGCCUUCUUUCUGCGGUGGAAGGUCUUCGUCUGAGAGAAAUGGAGCCGCCACGUGAGCCUGAGCCGACGGCCGCCGGCCAGCCCUCGGUCUCAGGCAGGAGGAGGGGGCCCCGGGGAGCAGCUGGCAGCGAGAAGACUCCGCCAGCAGCUGCCACGGAGGGGGCUAGGGGAGCGGCAGGCGGGAGAGACAAGCCUCGGCAAGCAGCUCCUAGCCUUGCCUCGGCAAGCAGAGGCAAGGCUAGGAGAGCACCAGAGAGCGACGAGCCUGUGCAAGCCGCAGGCAGGGCUGAGCGUCCGGAAGCAGCAGGCAGGAGGGAAGGGGCAGGGCGAAAGGCAGUCAGGAGGGCCAAGUCUAAGGGGGCAGCUGACAGGGACGAGUCGCCACAAGACGAGAGGGACGAGUCGCCACAAGAAGACGACAGCGAAGAGUCAGAGUGAUUUCAUCCAGCUUCGUAAAGAUCGUGUGUAAAAUAGCUUAUAACUAUGUAGGGUAUAUAUCUUUUUCUCUCCAUUUACCACGUGUUUAUACUAUUGAUGGUGACUACAAAAAAAAAAAAAACAAUAAUUAUAGAA